AUGUCCUCCGAAAUAGCCCAGUCGUCCGCGAGUACGCCACCCACAUCGCCCGAAAGCGGCAAUGGCGGGACUACUGAAUCCAUGGAGCAGGAGGAGAAGCGCAUGGCGGAGGCGCGACGAAAGGAAGAUGAGAAGCGUGAGCAAGAGAUGGCUGCGGAGCGCGAAGGCGACAUCAAAGGCGGGAAGAAAGUCGUAGAUCAAAAGUACAAGGCAUUGGAGUACUUGCUUAGCCAGAGCAAGCUGUAUUCGGCCAUCAUGCUGGAACAGAUGACGAACCAAGAAGAAGCCGAGACGGCGAAGGAUGAGAAGAGUCGGAAGCGGGCAGAGAAGAGGGAGGAACAAGCUGAGAAGGCAGCGCAGGCUAGUCAGAAGCGGACGACUAGGACGGCUGUCAGCACGGAGAAUGCUGCUGCCGCUGCAGAGGAAGACUCGCCGAAGAAGAAGCUCCCGACUCGUGGACGACUGCAGAAGGAGUCUAGUAAGAAGGACGGCAAGAUAUCCGACUUCAUGAAGAAGGAGGACCUUCAGGCCAAGGCUGGGAAGACGUCGAUUACGGAAGCUCUGGCAGAGGAGACGAAGGACUCCGAUGUCAAGCCAGGAGAGAUCGGUAUGCAGGACUUGCGCUCUGCGAAGCAACCGGAUCUUGUCACGGGAGGCCUCAUGCGGACGUACCAGCUUGAGGGGCUCGAAUGGCUCACCUCGUUGUACGAGAAUGGUCUCAAUGGUAUUCUGGCAGACGAGAUGGGUCUCGGAAAGACGAUUCAGACGAUUGCAUUCAUCGCCUUCUUGCGCGAGAAGGGCGUCAAUGGCCCUUUCCUGAUCGCUGCACCGCUCAGUACCACAAGCAAUUGGGUCGCAGAAUUCAAGAAGUGGACGCCAGAUAUCCCUGUGGUGCUGUACCACGGCAGUAAGCAGGAACGCGAGGAGAUCCGCCGCAAACAGCUUCGCAACCCCGGCAGCGAGAAGUUCCCAGUCAUCUGCACCAGCUACGAGAUCUGCAUGAACGACCGCAAAUUCCUGAGCCACUAUGGAUGGAAGUUCAUUAUCAUUGAUGAAGGUCAUCGGAUCAAGAACCUGAACUGCAGACUGAUCCGGGAGUUGCAAUCAUAUCAGUCGGCGAAUAGACUACUGAUCACCGGGACGCCGCUACAGAACAAUUUGACCGAGCUGUGGUCGCUCCUACAUUUCCUAAUGCCGAGCAUCUUCGACAAGCUGGAAUCGUUCGAAUCAUGGUUUGAUUUCUCGGCACUGAAGGAGAAGAACGGUGUGGAGCAGAUCCUCUCUGAAGAUCGCAAGAAGAACCUCGUUGCGAGCCUUCACGCCAUUCUGAAACCGUUCUUGUUGCGUCGUGUCAAGGCAGAUGUCGAAACCGCAUUGCCGAAGAAGCGCGAAUACGUUCUGUAUGCACCUCUGACCCAAACACAAAGAGAGCUAUACCAGGAGAUCCUUGAAGGCAACAGCAGAGCGUACCUGGAGAACAAGGUGGUGGAAACCCUCAGCGGUACUGCCACUCCAACCAGCGACAGGAGCACCAGUCGGAAGCGCAAACUGAUAGACGACUCCUCGACACCGAACAAAAGCGCGAAGUCUAGUCGUGCAUCAACACCAGCAACGUCCAAAGGCAGCGCGCCACGGUCACGAAAAGCGAAGAAGCAGCAAGGCUACGAAGAGAUCUCUGAUACUCAGUACUUCAAGCAGCUCGAAGAGGCGCCACCUUCACCGGCAUCCGAUGAAGUCGACGAUGAAGACGAUGAAGAGACGGAGCGCGCGAAAACGCUUUCGAUGGCAAAGCGUGAGAUCGCGCAGAAGAAAUUGCAAAACCCUGUGAUGCAGCUUCGGCAGUGCUGUAACUCACCGCACAACUUCUUCUAUCCGUUUGACCUGGACGACAACACACCCGUCGACGAGACCUUAGUGACAGAAAGCGGCAAGAUGCUUCUGCUCGACCGCCUGCUGCCGGAGUUGCUGCAGAAAGGCCACAAAGUUCUCAUAUUUUCGCAGUUCAAGACGCAGCUCGAUCUUUUGGAGACUUACUGCAGCGACCUCCGGCAAUGGCCGGUCUGCCGUAUCGAUGGCUCUAUAGCACAAUCAGACCGUCAAGAGCAGAUUCUGGCAUUCAACGAGCCGGCCUCUGAGCUCAACAUCUUUCUCCUUUCGACACGAGCAGGAGGUCAAGGUAUCAACCUCGCAGCCGCAGAUACUGUCCUGCUAUUUGACAGCGAUUGGAACCCACAACAGGAUCUUCAGGCACAAGAUCGCGCGCACCGCAUCGGACAGACCCGGCCAGUGAUCGUCUACCGCUUCGCUACCAAAGGCACCGUUGAGCAGAUGCUGCUCGAGAAAGCGGAUAGCAAGCGACGACUGGAGAAGCUGGUGAUUCAGAAGGGCAAGUUCCGGAACGCCAAGUCUGAUAUUAGUGCGGACUUUGGUGAGCUGCAACGGCUGCUGGGGAGGGAUGACGGCGAGAGGAUCGAUAUUGCUCAGGGCAAGGAGCUGCUGAGUGAUGAGGAUCUUGCUACCUUGACUGAUAGAAGCGAAGAGGCUUUUGAACGCGCUGAGAAGGGGUUGGAUACUGUUGGAGAUAUGUUCAAGGCUGUGCAGACGAAGAAGGAUGGUGGAGGGCUUUUGGAGAGUUUGCAAAAGUAG